AUGGAAACUGCAAUAGACACCAAUGACUUGUCAAAACUAUUAAGUGUCACGUCCAAUGUACAUACAUACAGAAAUCUUCCAAACAAAUUAGUACUAUUCUUACCCAAAUUCUAUUCAGAAAAAAUACAAGAACUUAAUAAACUAUUUGGAACCUUAUCAUCAAGUUCUUUAACAUCAGAUAUACAUGGCUACAGCAUAAAGACAACACAGAAAUCACCAGAAGCUGGAUCCUCUCCCCCAGUCAAACAUCUGCUUGAUGAACCAGAGACUGUCACCACCAUAGAAACUGAGUAUGGAUGCCUUAACAAUGUGGCCUGUCUGAAUGAAGAAGAAAUCUGGACAAGUGGAGGUGACAGCACUAUGAAACUCUACAGCAUCAAUCAGGGAUCACUACUCAAGUCAAUCCCAACCAAGUCAGGGAAAUUACAAGUACCAUAUGACAUAGCAGUGACAAAAAAUGGAGAUCUGGUUUAUACUGAUUAUAAAGAUAGAACCGUGAACAUUGUGAAGAAUGAGAAGAUAGAAGUGAUCAGACGAAAGAACUGGAAACCUAGCGGUGUCUGUAGUACCUCCUCUGGUGACCUCCUGGUUAUCAUGAGCAAAGCCUUUGGUCCACGAGGAAUCACCACAGACAGUCAGAGUCGCAUCCUUACAGCUGAUAUAAACAAUGACUGUGUCUACAUCAUAGACCAGGAUGGACAGUUCCUCCGUUACAUAAACAGCUGUGGACUGAGUAGACCCUGUGGACUGUGUACAGAUACAAAUGACAAUCUGUUUGUUGCCCAGUGGGGAAACAAACAA